CGGCUGUACCCACUGGAGCCGCAGGUGUUGAUUUAAAGCUCAGCUCCAGCAGGCCUUCUGCUCGCGUACUGCGGCGCCCGCACCCCCGGCGAAUCCAGCUCCAGGUUUUGUGAUCCGCUUGCAUGUAGAGGCCGCACCCUGGGCUGCCCGCGACGGGACUGGAACCCGUGCGUCUGGGGCCCAGCGGGAGUCCCCGCCCUCCCUUCGGUCUCCUGGCCUCAGACCCGUAGGGACCACUCUGGUGUGGGCCGGCAGCGGUUCCGGGAUGACCCAUAGCACCUGCUCCCUCUGGUCUUGGCGAAGUGAGCAAUCCCGAGCCAAGUCUCCGCAGGGAAACCGAAGCUUCGAAUUCCGGAAAGCGACCUUCGCCCGCCGGCGGCAGCUGUACCUCCAGAUCGCGGCCUCAGUGGCACCUCUCGGCGAAACCUCUCUUCACCAAGCUGUCCGCACUAGCUAUCCACUCACUCUCCCAUCACAUCACCCUAAUUUAAUGCUCAGCGGGACAUUUCUUUCAGUCUUGUGUGCCUUCCGUGUUUAUUGUCUGUCUCUGGAAUGUCCACUACAGGGGGCAGUGGUCGAUGUUUUGGGGCGCAGUAUGGGGUUCCCGGCGCCUAGGACCCGGCCGGGCCGGGAUGCAGUAGACCUUCUUCUUUGCUGAAUGAUUGAACACUUUCCUCUUGUAUUGAAGAACCUGAGCGGCUGGUCUUCCUGGAGGGGCGUGGCUUUUUCAGGCCCCGCCUAGGAGGCUGCUCCCACCUCUAACCCGCUCCUCCCCUUCCUCUCCGAGGAGUUGGCCUCGGGCCGUGUGGUGUUUUUCCCUUUGGCCUCCCUAGCUCUUGCUGCAGCUGUUGCGAAAACCCGGAGCAGCGGAACCUCAGAGCGGCGGAGCGGCGCCGUCUCUCGCGGCACCUCCCCGACAGCCCUCGGCGGCCGCGCUGGGCAUGCUCAGUCGACAGGGCCGCUUCAGUUCUUGG